CCCCCUCAUCCUCGCCGCCGCGACUCCCAAACCUUUCGAUCAUCUCUUCGACUUCGUCGGAGUCGGAGUCCGAGUCCACCGCCUCGCCGGAGAUGGAGCACGCCUCCUCGCCGCGCGCCCAUGGCGUGGUGGUGAUCGCGGUCGCCCCGGACCACGACGACGACAGCGGCAAGAAGGGGUGGCGUCUCGCCGCCGCCGCCGCCCCCGCCUUCGGGGACGAGGCGGGGUUCGGGGUGGAGGAAGAGGAGGAGGAGGGGGAGGAGGAGGAGGAGGAGGUGAGGUGGAGGGAGCGGCGGGUGGCGUCGCUGUGGCGCGUGGCCGGGGCGCUGCUGGUGGUCGCGGCGCUCGCGGUGGCGGGGCACUACUGCCUGUACCACGACCCGGCGGCGUUCUCGCGGGAGGAGGGGAGGUCGUCGUUCUUGCUGCCGCUGUACCCGAAGUCCAGCGGGGGCGGCGCGGCGGGGGAGUCGGCCGGUAGCGUCAAGCCGGACGGCGCCGGCGCGGAGGCGAGGGAGAAUUCGUCGGCGCUGCUCCCGAUCAGAGGCAAUGUGUUCCCCGACGGGCAAUAUUACACUUCUAUGUACAUUGGGAAUCCUCCAAGACCUUAUUUUCUUGAUGUUGAUACCGGAAGCGACUUGACAUGGAUACAGUGUGAUGCACCCUGCACAAACUGUGCAAAGGGACCUCAUCCUCUGUAUAAGCCUGAGAAACCAAAUGUGGUUCCUCCGAGAGAUUCAUAUUGUCAAGAACUGCAGGGCAACCAGAACUAUGGUGACACUAGCAAGCAAUGUGACUAUGAGAUCACUUAUGCCGAUCGGAGCUCCUCUAUGGGAAUCCUUGCAAGGGACAACAUGCAACUGAUCACUGCAGACGGUGAAAGGGAAAAUUUGGACUUCGUAUUUGGGUGUGGAUAUGAUCAGCAAGGAAAUCUUUUGUCGUCGCCAGCAAACACUGAUGGGAUCCUGGGCUUGAGCAAUGCAGCAAUAAGCCUUCCUACCCAGCUAGCCAGCCAAGGGAUAAUUUCCAAUGUUUUUGGCCAUUGCAUCGCGGCAGAUCCCAGCAAUGGUGGAUAUAUGUUUCUUGGUGACGAUUACGUUCCUAGAUGGGGAAUGACAUGGAUGCCUAUCAGAAAUGGUCCAGAGAACCUAUACAGCACAGAAGUCCAGAAAGUGAACUAUGGAGAUCAGCAGCUUAAUGUGCGACGAAAGGCAGGGAAGUUAACUCAAGUGAUAUUUGACAGUGGGAGCUCAUAUACGUAUUUACCACACGACGACUACACAAACCUGAUUGCUUCACUUAAAAGUCUCUCUCCAAGCCUUUUACAAGAUGAGUCGGAUCGAACACUACCGUUCUGCAUGAAACCCAAUUUUCCAGUGAGGUCUAUGGAUGAUGUGAAACACCUGUUCAAACCCUUGAGUCUGGUAUUCAAAAAAAGAUUGUUCAUCUUGCCAAGGACAUUCGUUAUCCCCCCUGAGGACUACUUAAUCAUCAGUGAUAAGAACAAUAUCUGCCUAGGAGUGUUGGAUGGAACAGAGAUUGGUCAUGACUCAGCGAUAGUAAUCGGAGAUGUUUCCCUUCGAGGAAAGCUAGUUGUAUAUAACAAUGAUGAGAAGCAGAUAGGAUGGGUUCAGUCAGACUGUGCCAAGCCACAGAAACAAAGUGGAUUUCCUUUCCUCUUUAAAAGAGUGCUGCAAAAUCAACUUUUGUAAAUGUCACAUAGAAAUUGAAAUUUACCACCAGCUCGACUGACCAUGCUUUACUUUUGGACGUGCAAAUUCUACGUUCAAAGCUGCCAUAAUCAAUAUCAGUGAAAGUAAUUAAACAGGACAUAGGGUAAAAAGAAGAUGUAAGUAGAGAUAGCCAGUAAGUAUGUUGUACUUAGUAAUUUGUCUCUUCUGUAUACACAAAGAAGCAGAAUUAUGUAUAUGUAUUUUGUAGAAUAUAUCUCAACCACCUGUAAAGAGUAUAUCUCAUCCACUUGUAAGACUAAGUGGUGAAGCAUAUAUCAGUGAAGCCAUGGCAUUUCUCGUUCA